AUGCAAAUAGAAGUAGCUAUGAAAAGCUUUGAAGGGAAAUUAAUUCAAAGUUCAAUUAAUAUGUAGGAUAAAUGCAAUCCAUCACAAAUCCAAGUUCUUAAAUAUCAACAUUAAAAAAUCAUCAAUUUCAUAACUUUCUAUCUAGCAUUUACAUCCCCUAUCUAUGAAUAAUAAAAAUUUAAGUUAAAUAUCACACCUGGAAGUAUUGAAUUAGUUCAAGUACUUUAUAAUUACAUAUAAACUGAGAAGACAAUUCUUAAAUUUGAAUAUGUAGAUAUCUGA